CAUUAUUAUAACAAACAGCAUUUUUAUAUUCUUUAAAACAAAAGAAAAUUUAAAUGGGAAGCUUAGAUCAACAAAAGUGUGGUGGAUACAAUGCACAAUUUUUACAAGAACUUUCAGACGAACAUGAAUGCCCUGUGUGUAAAAUGGCCCUUCGUGAACCUGUUCUAACACUGUGUGGUCAUCGACUUUGUUUUUCAUGCUCAGAAGAAAUGAAAAGAAGAAAUAAUGGAGUUUUAUUUUGCCCAUUAGACAAAACCAUUUUGAACUCUGGGGAGAUUUUUCCUGAUAAAUUUACUGAAAGAAUUAUUCUACAAUUGAAUAUUAAAUGCGAUAACUUUUUAAAAAGUUGUCAAUGGACCGGGGAACUAAAAGCAAUUAAUAACCAUUUAACCUCUUGUGAAUAUCAAGAAGUAAAAUGCCUCAAUGAACAAUGCUCUACUGCACUUUUGCGUAAAGAACUAAGUGACCACAUGGAAAAGCAUUGCAUUUAUCGUUUGGUUACCUGUCAAUACUGCAAACUAAAGAUUAAUUUUUGUGACAAUCAAAGUCAUGAAGAAAAAUGCAAAUGGGUACCUCUUUGUUGUAUAAAUCAAUGUGACAUGAAAGUUUUACGUAAAGAGAUGUCUGCCCAUAUUACUGAUAGUUGCGCUAAUACAAUUGUUCCAUGUCAAUAUUUGAAAAUUGGAUGCACAUUUAAGGGAAUGAGAAAAGAACAUGCAACGCACGCCAAUUCUUCAAUUCAAAACCAUCUUUCAAUGGCAAUAUCAAAAUUGGACGCACUUGAAAACAAAAUUACGUUAACAGUGGAUACGCUUGAAAAUAAAAUUGCGUCAAAAUUGAAUGCACUUGAAACUAAAAUUACGUCAAACAUGGAGUCACUUGAAGCCAAAAUUGCGUCGGAAUCAAUUGCACUUGAAAAUAAAGUUACCUCAAAAGUGGAAUCAUUUGAAAACAAAAAUGCGUCAGAAGCGGUUGCACUUGAAAAUAAAAUUACUUCAACAGUGGAUGCACUUAAAAAUGAACUUAUUUAAAAAGUGGA